GAAACAUGUUUCCCGUCCAAAAUUACAUGGGUUUCUUGAGGAUUCGUCUGCACAAGCACUGCUCGCCCCUUCGGAAUAGUUCCACCUAUUACGGAUUAAGCGAUGUGAAAAGAUUAGAACAGAAAUGGUUACCUGUUAUCCGGAAGAUUGAUUUCGAAAAUUCAAGUGAUAGAGCUGCGAGUAAUCAGAAGUCCUUCGUGUUGUCAAUGUUCCCUUAUCCAUCUGGAAGUUUGCACAUGGGACACUUACGAGUUUAUACUGUUUCAGAUGUCUUAACCCGCUAUAAAACAAUGUGUGGUGAGUUGACGAUUUGUCCAAUGGGUUGGGAUUCAUUCGGUCUGCCUGCAGAAAAUGCUGCUAUUGAUCGAGGCGAAAACCCACUGAAUUGGACCCGAAAAAACAUACUUACAAUGAAACAACAAAUAAAUGAAACCAUGUCUUUGGCUGUUGAUUGGUCAAGAGAAUUAAGCACUUGUGAUCCUAAUUAUUAUAAAUGGACACAAUGGCUUUUUCUUAAAUUAUAUCAAUCAGGCAUGGCUUAUCAUCGUCCAGCCUAUGUCAAUUGGGAUCCUAUUGAUCAGACUGUCUUAGCAGAUGAACUUAUUGACAGUCAAGGAUGUUCAUGGCGUUCUGGUGCUAAAGUGGAACGACGUCCUUUACGUCAAUGGUUUUUCCGAACAACUGCUUAUUCUGAGUCUCUUUUAGAUGGUUUAAAAGAUAUUGAGAAUAAUCAGUGGCGUGACGUCAUCCAGUUGCAACGUGGUUGGCUUGGUCAUUUGAAUGGUACUCAAAUGGAGUUCAAUAUUUACUCAUCUACCGAACACCAUGAAAUUAAUCCACAACAAUCAUUUCUGGAUUGUGGACAUUUAAAGAAUAUCGUACCUCAAAAUGAACGACUAGUUGUAUUUACAAAAUAUCCGAGUCUAGCAGUUGCUGAUUUAAUCAGUCAUGUAAAAGUUGGACCGGAUAGUGUUUAUUUUUCAGAUAUCUAUCGAAAGCCUGAGCAUAAACGUGAUUUAAACUUUAGUCGAAAGUUAAUCUUAUACUCAGACUGGAAUAAUUCAUGUCAUAAUGAUAGUAAUAAUAAAUUAUCUAUUACAUCAUGUACAUCUGUAUCACCUUGGCCGGAAAUUUUAAACAUAUUUAUUCGUCAUCCAUUUACAGGACGUUCUAUUCCAAUAAUUCGUGAAAAUAUUCCAUUAUCUAAACUUCCUAGAGCUUAUCCAAAUGAAUUAGUCUUUUCUAUAAAUGGUCAAACAUCUGACUUCUCAUCAGAAUCAUUAGAUAUACCUUUACCACCAGGAAAAUUAAUUUCUCCAGGAAAAGAUUUAUUAAAUUUAGAUGAAUCUAAUGUUAUCAUUAAUGAAGAGGAUUUGAAAUGUUGUAUAUUAUCCACUCCAAUCUUUGAACUUCAUGGGAAAACAGUUGGUGAAUCUAUGGAUAAAGCUAUGCAAAUCUUAAAGGUUAGUGGACGUGGUGGUUAUCGAUGUAAUGAUAUGCGUACUGAUUGGUUAAUCUCUAGACAACGUUAUUGGGGCACUCCUAUACCAAUUAUACAUUGUGAUUCAUGUGGGGCAGUACCAGUACCAGAAAACCAACUCCCUGUACUUCUACCUCCACUAGAAAGUUCAUUGAAACGAGGUGAUGAACCCUUAAAGCAUAAUGAAUCCUGGCGUAAAACAACUUGUCCUAAAUGUGGUAAUCCAGCGAACCGUGAAACUGAUACACUGGAUACAUUUGUUGAUUCAUCAUGGUAUUAUUUACGAUAUUUGGACCCACAGAAUAAUUCAUCGAUUUGUGAUAGGAGUAAAGCAGCUAAUAGUUUACCUGUUGACGUUUACAUUGGAGGUAUGGAGCAUGCUGUUCGUCAUCUGUACUAUGCUCGUUUUAUUGCACAUUUCCUUCAUGAUAUAAAUGUACUACCGUGUAGAGAACCAUUUAAACGUUUCCUCCCUGUUGGUUUAGUAUUGGGUCAAACGUAUAUUGAUCCAAAGUCUGGUCGUUUUAUACCAACACGCUGUGUUGAUAAAAGAUAUUUAUCUGAGAAAGAAAUUGAAUAUUAUGAAAUUGAAACUAAUGAACCAGUUCAAAUGUAUUGGGAUAAAAUGAGCAAAUCCAAAUUGAAUGGAAUUGAUCCAACUGAUGUCGUUGAAAAAUAUGGUAUGGAUACCAUAAGAAUUACAAUGUUAACAAAUGUUGGACCACAUCGAUCAAGAAAAUGGGCUGAACAAGACGUACUUCAAGGUGUUAAUAAUUGGUUAAAUAAAAUGAAUCGCCUAGUUGAACAACUUAUUGAAUAUUCCAAUACUUUACAACAUUCUAAUGUAUCAUGGGAGUUAAAAUGUGAUAUGGAUGAUCCAUUAUUAAUUCAUACAUCAUAUUCUUUAAAAUAUCAUCAAUCCAUUAUAAAGCGGGUUAAUGAAUAUUAUGAUGAUACAUUUGUAAUUAGUUCUGUUAUUGCUCGACUUCAAGAGAUGACUGAAAUGCUUCGAAAAUCUUCCAUACAUGUUGGUGGUCCAGGACCGUCAAGUUUCUUGUAUCUACGUGCAUUAGCUGAUCUUAUAGUAAUGCUUACACCUAUUGCACCAAUUUUUGCAUCUGAAUUAUGGUCUGGUGUUCAAUUGGCCUGUUUAACUUCAAAACGUUCAAAUUUAUAUGAAGUCCUUUCUGUUUAUUCGAAUAGAACAGUGAUGAGAACCAAUGAAAACAAGAAUUAUCAUUAUAGUCAUUGGCCUUAUGAUUUGACUAAAUAUGUACUUGAACAACCAUUCCCUAAAUGUUUAUAUUCUACUGAAAUAGCGGAAUUAAUUGUAGAACAAUAUGAAACAAGCAACACUACUACUACUACUGCUACUACUACUACUUCUACUCCUCUUCCAAAGUGAAGUUAUUCUAUUCUUAUUUAUGCGUCGUCGGUGCCCAACCGUGAGGGAUACAUUAGACGUAUAUAAAUGAUUGGAACCAAGCUGGGAUAUGUUCCCGUAUCCGAGUUGAAAUUGAGCGCUGGCUAUGGCCAAUGUACGUUGCUCCACAAGAGCAGGCACAAAAGAAAUAAUCAUCGCGUAGUCGGUCAAGUGUCAACUGGACUCGGGAACAUUUAUUCAAUUCUACACUUCACUAGACUAUAUCUCAACACAACUAUUUGAAUAGAUAUUUCAAUUCAACUGGAAUCUUGUAUUGAAUCUAAUGAACUCAGCUGUAGUAGUUCGAAACUCUACUUCGCUCACUUUCGUCAUUCAAGCACACAAUAUGUCGUCUUCAUACAACACGUUUCCAUCAAUUAUUGUUUCAUAUAAUAAUUGUCAGUAAAUGUGAUCCAAUAGGUUACUUACUUAUCACUGUUAUUGCUUGUAAUAGAAUUCUAUUCUCAACUGAAAUUUGAGAAAAUCAAACGAAUCACAGAAUGGUUGAGUGUUAUUGAUGAGAAGACUAAGAAAAUGAAUUAGUGAUUGUUCUCUGUUAAUGUCACAUAUGAUGUUUGUAUGGACAAUUGUCCGAUAGGUUGUUAUCGUUCAACAUUUUAUGGAUAACCAUCGUUCAGUAAAUUGCAUAUGGACCUUAGAGAGUUCCUUAAUUAACCAAUCAAUCAAAUUAUUCAAAUGGGUUUUCUUACAGAGUUCCACAUACAGAUUUUCAACACCACGGUAUUUCUGACGAACAAAAUGAUCUAUUCUUAUUAUAGCUGAAAUACAAAAUAACUUUGGUUAGGGAAACUUCCAUACAAAUUGUUUAUUUGAAGUCAUAUUUCAAUGUAUCCUCAUGGUCGAAAUAAUGAGAAAUAUUGUAUAUAAAAAUGUGAUGGGCGGCUGAGGAAGAAUACCAGAUGGUCACAUUGACCUCCUUAUCAUUUCCACAUAUUCUCACCCACUUGACAAUGUUAUUGUGAAUAUUUAAUGCAUGGGAUCAAAAUAGAUAUUUCACCUUCGAUUCCUUUGUCUAGGUUUGUACUGUAGCAUGAUAUACAUCUUUGCAUUGCCGAGGCAAUAGCCAUACAUUUUGAAAAACCAGAAUUAUGUGUACAAAAGAGACUGGUACAACCUCUUCUUUUACCAUGGUCUUAAUGUAUUAAAAUUUUUUCUCUUUCUCAUUACUCUUGUUCUUUUACAGCCAACUGCUUCACCUUCCAUCUUCCCUUCAAAUCUUGUACCCCCAACCGGUUUGUUUUUAUUUCCACGGUCGUUCCGAUUACAUUUCAUCUCUGUUUCAACAUUUUGUGUUAUUUUAUCAUGCUGAGCUACCCUUACCCGAUGAAUAUCUAAGCCAUUAACUAUCAAACUUUCCUUGUUUUAAAAAAUUUUUUUCUAAUACCAUUGUUUAUUUAACCUCACUGUCACCAUGUAUAACAGAAGUUUAUUAUCAGUAUUAUUAUCACCCUGUAAAAAUAAGUAUAUAUAUAUUUGCGAUUGUACAGCUUUGAAAAUGAAUUCGCCGAAAAGGGGAGAACUCUUCGCUGAACU